CUUCCAUGUAACGCAAUGCCACAUUUCUUAAUCACGCAACUAAAAUAUCAAAAUCGGACUCUAAAAGUCCGUUUGAGAUCCGAAUGUCAACAAGUUAGUCGUACACACUUAAUACUUUUGAGACGGUUGAGAGUUGAGAGAGCAAAACGAUCAAAACGAUCCAAGCGCAUUGCGAAUGCGAUCCCACUUCCAAGACAAGGCAUCCAAAGUGGAACCGCGGGAUCAAUCCCCGUAAUCGUACACCUUCAUCCAAAUUAAUGCCAAGCCUGGAGUAUGGCGGGUCAAACGCCCACAAUGAGAGCAUUCAGGGUGAAAGGUGACGAUAAUGAUGAUGACGAUACGCAAGUGCAAUAUGUCGUGGCCAGUCAUUACGCCGUGUUUUGCGAUCAGGAUGAGGUAUUUCUGGAUCUGGAUUGUUCGAUUGUAAACCUGAGCGGCCGGCCUCAAUCGGUCCACGUGGGUGAGCAUGCACCCGAUCAAUCGGGUCCAUGGGAUUGGAUGGAAAUUUCGGACAGCUCAUCUUGGCUUUUGAGAAGUCCGGGCGAGUCCGAUCGGUCGUUUGAAACCUUCGAUACCUUGUACCAGAACAUGAUUGCUCGGUACUUGGGUCAGGUCGACUUUACGCUGAAGGUGGUCGAUCUCCGAGCCAUGAAGCAUCUUCGAAGAAAAGGUAAAAACCAGGUCAACCGCCAGGAUCAGUCCGAUCUGGCUAAUGGUUCGUGUCGAGUAUUUGUCGCGCCCGAGAUGGACCACGGCCAGUCAGCCCUUCGAGUUGGUGUCAUCAUCGCCUUGUUGCACCACAACCCUACGAAAUGUGAGGCAUCCGUCCCAUUGAACAUCGAGUCCGUCAUAUGCAGAGGAUGUCAGAUGGUCCAAGAGGACAUUCGAGCGGGAUGUUGCCACUCUUCAAAAUGUCCGAGUCCACCCAUCGGUGACCCAGAAAUCAUGUGCUACAUCUGCGGCUUAAGUUGUUCAAGUACUACAAAACUGGAAACGCAUCUCGUCCACGACCACCAGGAAACGGGGAGUUUCUUCCCUUGCUUGAAGUGUCGGAAGCACUUUUUCCUCGAAAAGGAUUGGAUAGCCCAUCAUCGGAACAAGCACUCAAGUUUGGCCAACGGGUUCCCGUGUCAAUGCGGCCGAGAGUUUGUGACUCAAGGUCAACUAAACCGCCAUCAAAGGCAAGUGCACGAGGAUCAUCGCCCAUUUCCUUGUUCAAAUUGUGAUCUUAAAUUCAAGUUGAAGGAGCAAUGGACCAAGCAUCAACUCGUCCAUGAAAGUGUCAAGAGGCACGAAUGCAGUUUGUGCCCAAAGACCUUUCGAACCCGGUCCAAUCUGAAGCAACAUCUAGUCAGAUGCAAGAAGGCUCCCAAUGUAAAGGCCACGAGGAAAGGUUCAUCCCAUGAAGACCAAUCAGCUGCCCCAAUCCAUAAUUUGUCAAACCCUAGUCCGACACCACCUCAAGUCAGAAGUCAUGUCAAGAAGCAAGCUAGAAAUGAAUUUGUGACGGUGGACAAUGCUCGUUACUUCAUUAAAUACGCCCAAGACGCUGACAUGACCGAAAGUGAACGAGGGCGAAUCGAUGAAAUUCAAAAUCAAGCUUCGGAUGGAGAAUCCAUCCUUGAGCGAAUACCAAUCCUCAUUAUUACUCAAUCCAAGCUGAACCAUUGAGAAAUGAGAAACUUGGGCGCUUUCAACGCGCGUUUACUGACCCUCUCGGCCGUUCAAAUACUUAACAAAGGCCACGAUGUGGAUACGCAAACUCAGACUUGGACAUUCAAUCCAAACACCUACGAUUUCUCCGAAACAAGAGACAUGUUCAAGGUUUUUCUUUGUUUCGGUUGAUUCGAUAGAGAAAAAUGCUCUGCUCAAAAUUUCGGGCUAAAUCCGGCUAAAGAUUAACCAUUUGAUCUUAUGUAACUCAGGACCUGAUACGUAAAUCGUUUUAUCCUUUUGGGGGAAAUGCAUCUCAAUGAGUGCGAACUUAA